UCGUUGAUUGAUUCAUAUUAAUACCUCCGAUGAUCAUACUCCUCAACCAAGGAUAUUUGCCGCGCUUGACGAUCAUCCAUUAAUUUAGAUUAAACUUUUCUGACAGCCCUCCGCCUAAACUGAAGCUCUUAGCUACACAAGGUUGCGGUUAAUAUGCAUACGGGUAGCGGAACCGCCAAAAACCAAUUCGAAAGAAACAGAUACCCGGAGUGUUAGUCAGUCCGGCUGCGCCAAACACCCUCUACUUAUGCGAGUAGCAUACCGAUGUCAUGCUAAACCACUGACUUACACCAGGGGCACCCACACCCUCGCUGACUCACACUGUUUCUUCUGACGACCGUCUACAGCCAGAAACAAAUCAAAAUAACGUCUGAACUCUAUACAAGCUUAUUCCUGAGCUGCAUGGCUAUGACUGAGGUAGCAAUGACAUGCAUAAUGUUGAUAUCUUUAGUGGAGGGACGUACUAAAAUAUUCGCCGUUGCUUCCAUCCAGAGCCAAGAUGUACAAUGCUUGCUUUUUGUGGCUGCAAAGGGGCCAGCUGGUCAAGGCAAGGCGUACAAGGCGCGAACUGAAGCCGGGCCAAGUUUUUGGGUGUGGCCCACGAGUCGUACUUUAUGCCUCGCCAAGAGGUUUAGGCUAUUCUGAAUAGAUUGGUUCGAAGUAAAGCCGUGCACUGCUUUCCGUACAGUGGUUGCAAGUGAUCGUGAGGUGACCUCAAGGAGAAGGCGUGCUGCCUCGUUAGCGGCCGGGAGAAACACGCAUACUACCCGGGGGCAACUUAGUCAGCGCUGU